AUGGCUAUGAUGUCUGCUUCAUCAAAGUUUCAGUUUGCAAUCGAUCGAGGCGGAACUUUCACUGACAUUUGGGCAAGAUGUCCAAAUGGCAACGUUCAAGUGAUGAAGCUGCUAUCAGAAGAUCCUGGAAAUUAUUCAGAUGCACCACGAGAAGGCAUUCGAAGAAUAAUCGAAAAGGAAACUGGGAUUCCUUGUCCUCUGAGUGAACCCCUUGACACGUCUCGGAUUGACUGGAUUCGGAUGGGGACCACAGUUGCUACAAAUGCUCUGCUGGAACGGAAGGGAGAAGCCAUUGCUUUAGUGAUUACAAAAGGAUUUAAGGACCUGCUGCACAUCGGCAAUCAGUCCAGGCCAAAUAUUUUUGACUUGGAAAUUGUCUGCCCUUCUCAGCUGUAUGAUGAUGUGAUAGAAGUUGAAGAGCGUGUUGUCUUGCAGCAGGAGAAAUGUCAAAUAAAGACAUCCUGUCCUGUUGUCACUGGCACCACAAUGGAGAAGCUGGAAGUGUGGCAGCCCAUAGAUCUGACGAAGCUGAGGGAAGAUCUAAAAUCAGUUUUGAAUAAAGGAAUAAAAAGUCUGGCUGUAGUUCUGAUGCAUUCUUACACCUUUGACCACCAUGAGAGACAAGUGGGUACCUUGGCAAAAGAGUUGGGCUUCAAGCACGUUUCUUUGUCUUCUGAAGUUAUGCCAAUGGUUAGAAUUGUGCCCAGGGGUUACACAGCUUGUGCUGAUGCCUAUCUUACUCCCUGCAUCCAGAAAUAUGUUGAGGGAUUUUCUACAGGGUUCAAAGAUCAUUUGAAAGAUACCCGAGUGCUGUUUAUGCAGUCUGAUGGUGGACUUACCCCAGUUACUAAAUUCAAUGGUUCGCGAGCUAUUUUAUCAGGACCUGCUGGUGGAGUAGUGGGAUAUGCGCUUACUACAUAUGGCCGUGAGACCAAGUUACCUGUUAUUGGAUUUGACAUGGGAGGCACUUCUACGGAUGUAAGCCGAUACGCUGGUCAGUUUGAACAUGUCUUUGAAACAACUACUGCGGGUAUUACUAUUCAGGCUCCACAGCUGGAUAUCAACACUGUAGCUGCUGGUGGUGGCUCCAUGCUGUUUUUCCGAUCCGGGAUGUUUGUAGUAGGGCCCGAAUCAGCUGGCGCUCACCCUGGUCCAGUGUGCUACAAAAAGGGUGGACCUCUGACUGUCACCGAUGCCAAUCUUUGUCUGGGUCGAAUACUGCCAGAAUAUUUCCCACACAUCUUCGGGGACACUGAAGAUCAGCCGUUGGACAAAGAGAAAACUGAUGCUGCAUUCCACAAGCUGACGAAAGAGGUAAACGGCUUUCUGACUAGUCAGCCAUCAGACACCAAGAAGGAGGAAAUGUCACCAGAACAGGUUGCUAUGGGUUUCAUCCGUGUUGCCAAUGAGACAAUGUGUCGACCAAUCAGAGCACUUACACAGGCGAAAGGUCACGACACGUCUCGGCAUGUGUUAGCAUGUUUUGGAGGAGCUGGUGGGCAGCAUGCUUGUUCUAUUGCCAGGUCACUCGGCAUGUCGCAAGUCUAUAUUCACAGGUAUGCUGGAAUUCUGUCAGCCUAUGGUAUGGCCCUUGCAGAUGUGGUGCAAGAAGCCCAGGAACCAAGUGCUAAAACGUACUCUCCAGCAUCAUUUGCUUACAUUGAUGAGAGGUUGGAUGUUUUAACAAAGAAAUGUGUCGAUGAAUUGGAGAGCCAGGGAUUCUCUAGGAAUCAAAUAAAGACGGAGGCAUUCCUUCAUUUGCGCUAUGAUAAAACGGACUGUGCCCUGAUGUGUUCAGCAGAGAACUACCCAACCACAAGCAAAACUGGGAAAUACGGUGAUUUCCAGGCCGCAUUUCUAGAUAGAUACAAAACAGAGUUUGGGUUUACGCUGAAAGAACGACCCAUUAUAGUUGAUGACAUCCGGGUGAGAGGAGCUGGGAAGUCGCUGGCUGCUAAAGACACAAACCUUGAAACAGCCGACGGCCUGCCACAGGAAGAGAAGACAGUGAAGUGUUUUUUUGAUGACGGGUACCAUGACACACGUGUGUUUGUACUUACAAAACUUCUGAGUGGACAUCUUAUACAAGGACCAGCGAUAAUCAUUGAUAAAAACAGCACAAUAUUGGUGGAACCAAACUGCACAGCGUCUAUCACCAAACAAGGAGAUAUCAAGAUUGUGAUAGGCCAAGGAACACUCGCCACAGUUGGUCCAGAGUUGGAUGCUAUUCAGUUGUCAAUCUUUUCUCACAGAUUCAUGAGUAUUGCAGAACAAAUGGGAAGAGUUCUUCGUAGGACUGCCAUAUCAACAAACAUCAAGGAAAGGCUGGAUUUCUCCUGUGCCUUGUUUGGCCCAGAUGGUGGUCUGGUAGCCAAUGCUCCUCACAUUCCAGUUCACCUAGGAGCCAUGCAGGAGACUGUUCAGUAUCAGCUGAAGCAUCUCGGGAACAAUUUUCGAGAUGGUGAUGUGAUACUGAGCAACCACCCCCAGGCCGGAGGAAGUCACCUCCCUGACCUGACGGUUAUCACACCGGUUUUCCACAAAGGUGUGAAGACGGCUGUGUUCUUUGUGGCAAGUCGAGGCCACCACGCCGAUAUUGGUGGGAUCACGCCGGGCUCCAUGCCGCCCCACUCAACAUCCAUACACGAGGAGGGCGCAGUCUUCAAGUCUUUCAAAAUAGUCCAGGAAGGACACUUCAAUGAAGAAGGUGUAAUUGCGGAGUUCAUGGCACCAGCUCGUAUUCCCGGUAGUAGUGGAUCGAGAAAUCUUCACGACAAUCUCAGUGACUUGCGGGCCCAAGUUGCUGCCAAUCAAAAGGGUAUAAAUCUAGUAUCGGAAUUGAUAGAAGAAUAUAGUCUUCAUGUGGUGCAAGCAUACAUGGCUCACAUUCAGAACAAUGCUGAAGUAGCAGUGAGAGACAUGCUCAGGGAAAUUGCAGCUCAAACUAAGUCCAGGACAGGAACCACAACUCUGCAUGCAGAAGAUUACAUGGAUGAUGGAACAAAAAUCAAUCUCAGUGUAGACAUUGAUGAAGAAAAGGGAACUGCAGUAUUUGACUUCUCAGGAACUGGAUAUGAGGUCCAUGGCAACUGUAAUGCACCAAGGGCAGUAACUCUAUCAGGAUUGAUUUACUGUUUGCGAUGCAUGAUUGGACACAAUGUACCGCUCAACCAGGGUUGUUUGAAUCCUGUGAAGCUUGUCAUACCUAAAGGUAGUCUGUUGGAUCCGUCGGAGAACGCCGCUGUCGUAGGGGGAAACGUUCUCACCUCACAGAGAAUUGUCGAUGUUGUCUUCAAAGCAUUCAGUGCAUGUGCUGCAUCGCAGGGCUGUAUGAACAACAUUACGUUUGGCGACUCAGAGGUUGGAUAUUACGAGACGGUUGCAGGAGGGGCGGGUGCUGGUCCGACAUGGCAUGGUCGAAGUGGAAUACAUACUCACAUGACCAACACCAGAAUCACAGAUCCGGAGAUUGUGGAAAGGAGAUAUCCAGUGGUAGUGAAGAGAUUUGACUUGAACUCGGGAACUGGUGGCAAGGGGAAGUACUGCGGUGGCGACGGAGUGGUUCGUGAACUGCUGUUCCGGAAACACCUCACCCUGUCCGUGCUCACGGAAAGACGAGUGUUAAAACCGUAUGGAAUGAAUGGAGGUGAACCAGGACAAACUGGAAAGAAUCUGUUAUUUUACAAAGAUGGUCGAAUCAUAAAUCUUGGAGCAAAGACAUCAGUUAGAGUAGGACCAGGGGAUAUCUUUCAUCUGGAGACUCCUGGAGGUGGAGGGUUUGGUCCUGUCACUGAUCGGGAAGUGUCGAAGCCAGCGGGGAAGAAGAGAAGACAUGACAUGAUGACAGGCAGUGUCCACCAAUACAAACUGACCCAGGAGUCUGCGUAGUAUCUUAGUCAUUAGCUGCAUGGUUGUAACUAGAAAUGGAUGGGGAUAGUCCACCCCGUAAAAAUAGGAAAAUGUGAAUUUUGUGUAGCUGGAGAAAACAUGAUUACUGUGGCCUGAUUCCUUUUUUUUUUUUUUUUUUUUUUUUUUUUUGUUGCCUCCAACCCCCUAAGUGUUUCAGGCUAGAUAUGGCCCUAGAAUAUAUUGUCCUUGCUACUCAGACAUUUACUCAACUCUGGCAAGAAGAUGGGUUGUUUUUAUGAUUCAAAUCUGGAAUAACUUCAGCAAUGCCAUGGAGAAUAUUGUCUUUGCUACUCAGACAUUUACACAAUUCUGGCAAGUAGGUUAUCUUUAUGAUUCAAAUCUGGAAUAACUUCACCAAUGAAUCGGUUUGUCAUUUAUACUCAGAUAUUGACGUAACUUAUUUACCCAGAAAUGUUUCUAUAAAGUUGGUAAGCACAGGCCUUUCUAGUUAGAAAAUUUUAUAAUUCAAAUCUGGAAUAACUUCACCAAUGAAUCGGUUUGUCAUUUAUACUCAGAUAUUGACGUAACUUAUUUACCCACAAAUGUUUCUAUAAAGUUGGUAAGCACAGGCCUUAUCUUUCUAAUUGGAAAAUUUAUAAUUUUACCUGUACAAUGGCUUGUCAUUUUAUACUCGGAUAUUGCCAUACAUGUACAUGUGACUUAUUUCCCUUUAAAAAUUUCUGUACAUUUCUUUAAGAAUGUGCCUGUUUUUGUAAUUAGAUAUUUUCAUAAUUUUACCAGAGUAGCUCGUCUUUUUAUACUGGGUUACUGACAUAACUUAUUUACCAUGAAAAGUUUCAGAAUGUGUAAAUUUGUGUAAAGGCAUACUGUCACGGAUUUAAGGACCUUAUUUCUCUAAAAAUGGAUA